UUGGUGUUUGUUGGUGGUGGUGGUUGUAGUGGUGGUGUUGUUGACGUUGCUAUUGCUAUUGCUAUUGUUGUUGCUGCUGUUGUUGGUGUUGGUGGUGGUGUUGGUGGUGGUGGUGGUGGCGGUGGUGGCGGUGGUGAUGAUAUUGGGGGGAUGCCCGAUGCUGGUGCUAUUGCAACUACUGAUAUUGGUACGGAUGUUGGUACUGCUGAGAUACGGCUGACGAUACCUGCAGUUGCUGAAUCCGAUGAAUCAGUUAACAGUUAUGUCCCCCCUGAAGAUGAAGUUUGA